AUGCUCGCUCUACUUCUCGUCCUAGUCGUUCUCGCGAGCUACUUCCUCGUCAAACUGCGCCAGCAACGCAGCAUGUUCAAAAAUCUUCCUGGGCCGCCGCAUCACGCUAUCUGGGGUCACUUUUUAAUCAUGCGAGAGAUCGCAAGCACUCUACCCCCGGAUGCAACCCCGCAGCUGUUCGCGCACUUGAUGCGCCAGCGGUACGGCCUCGGUGACUUCUUUUACCUGGAUCUGUGGCCGCUCGCGCCGCCACAGCUUGUCAUUGCCCAUCCGGAGCUGGCGACGCAGAUCGUCCACAAGAUGAAUCUUCCCAAGGAGUCGGCCGUCAUGCAGAAGUGGACAGGUCCUAUCCUUGGGGAGAAGUCUAUGGUCUCUGCGAAUGGACAUGACUGGUUCAUUGCGCGCAAGUCUUUCACCCCGGGCUUCCAGCCGCGGAAGUUGCUGCAGCAUGUUCCAAAUAUUGUGGAUGAGGCGCUGGCUUUUGCAGACGUCCUCAAAGAACAUGCGCUGAAGGAUGACGUCUUCAGAAUGGAGGAUCUAGGUGCGAGAAUGAUAUUCAAUAUCUCGGCUUGGGUGAUCUUGGGAAUCAAGUGCAACGCGCAGCGAGAUGACGAUGAAUUCCUCGAACUGUUCCGAAAACAGGCAGCCCUGGCCCCUCAGGACUUCUGGUCUCGGUAUCUCUACGACGUCAGCCCUCGUCGACACUAUCAAAAGUGGAGCAACGGGCGUGCUCUAGACCGGUACGUUGGUUGUCUGGUAGACAAACGAGUCGUCAGUGGCCCGACGGCUCCGCACACUCAACAAGUCUAUCCCCCUACCACCGCCAUGGAUAAAUAUACGCGAGACAUGCUCAUCGCGUCCGUCAAGACGCUAAUCUUCGCUGGCCACGACACCUCAGCCAGCACCCUCUGCUAUACAUACGCCGCCCUAAGCAAACACCCCCAAGUCCUCCACACCCUCCGAGAAGAACAUACCACCCUCUUCGGCUCUGACCCUUCCGCCGCGGCAAACCUCCUCCGCAACGACCCCAGCCUCGUCAACAAUCUCCCAUACACUCUCGCCGUCAUCAAGGAAGCCCUCCGCCUCUGGCCCCCAACAGGCGUCAGCCUCCGCCGCGGCCAACCAGAGCAAACCCUCCUCGCAGAAGGCAAAGAAUGGCCGACAUACCCCUUCGCCGUCCUCGUCAACAACUGUGCGACCAUGCGCCGUGAAGAUCUCUUCAAGGAUGCAGAGAGUUUCUACCCCGAGCGACACCUCGUUACUGCCCCCUCGGAUCCGUACUUUGUCCCGGCCAACGCAUGGAGACCGUUUGAGAAGGGACCGCGGAUGUGUCUGGGCCAGACGUUGGCGCUGAUGCAGUUGAAGAUAGCCUUGGUGAUGACGGUGCGGAUGUUUGACUUUGAGAUUGUUUAUGAGGAGGGGACGUUCAUGUAUCAGGUUUUGGAUGUCACGGCCAAGCCGUCCCUGGGCUUGCCGACUAGGGUGCGGUUGAUUGAGUAG